AUGCCUGAGAUCGCGGAAGUUGCGCGCAUUGUCGGUUUCUUGAAGAAACAUGCCGUUGGCAAGACGAUCAAAAACGUCAUGGCACAGGAGGAUAAUAUCGUCUUUGGAAAGGUCGGAACGUCUGCAUCCGCCUUCCAAGAGGCCUUGACCGGAAAAAAGAUAGUAGAUGCACGACAGCAGGGCAAAUACUUCUGGCUGGUCAUGGACUCGCCGCCACAUCCUCUGAUGCACUUUGGAAUGGCAGGCUGGAUGGUUCGUAACUUCGUACGGACUGUAUGUGAGACAUGUGCUGACUUUGUGUACCUGAUUCAGAAAUUCAGCAAUGAUGAUUCAGCACAUUAUCGUCCGGCGAAACCUGAAGAGGCAGAAUGGCCACCCAAGUACUGGAAAUUUAUCCUGCAGUUGAAAGACUCCAAGAACGAGGUCGCCUUGGUAGACGCAAGACGGCUUGCUCGUGUGAGAUUGGUAGACGCUGCUGCCGAAGACAUGAGGAAGACCACACCACUGAAAGAGAACGGACCAGAUCCUGUAAUCGACAAGGAUAUUCUGACCGUGGACUGGCUCGGUAAGAAGCUGCGGAGCAAGAAGGUGCCUGUGAAAGCAUUGCUCCUUGACCAAGCAAACGUGUCUGGCAUAGGGAACUGGGUCGGUGACGAGGUCAUGUACCAGGCUCGUCUACAUCCCGAGCAGUACAGCAACACCUUUAGCGAUGAGCAGAUCAAGCGACUGCACGAUGCCAUCAUGUAUGUCUGCGACACCGCCGUGGAAGCCAACGGAGAUUCGGACGCCUUCCCCAAAGAUUGGUUGAUGAAACACCGUUGGGGCAAGGGCAAGAAGGAAGCCCAGCAACUCCCCACCGGCGAAAAGAUUACGUUCCUCAAGGUCGGUGGGCGAACUUCAGCCAUUGUACCGAGUGUCCAGAAGAAGACGGCAGCUGUUGCUGGUGAUGUGUCGGAGGGCGCAGACGAGGACGAUGCAGAGGAAGAUGCGAAACCUAAAAAGGGCGGCAAAAAGAAGGCCAAGGCUGUUAAGAAGCAGGAAGAGGAAGAAGACGUAGAGGACGCGAAACCUAAGAAGGGUAGCAAGAGGAAGGCUCAGGCUGUCAAAGAAGAGGAAGAAGAUGUCGAUGAAGCUGAAGAGGAGGCACCAGUCAAGCCAAAGCGAGGACGUAAGAAUGCGAAGGAUGUCAAGGCGGAGGUCAAAGAGGAGGACGUGGAUGCUACGGAGGAGAAGCUCCCAGUAAGAGCAAAACGUGGCAGCAAGAAGGCGAAAGUAGACGUAAAGGAAGCCGAGGACGAAGAGGUUGUUGAAGCUGAAGAGACGCAGCCGGUCAAGAAACGCAAGACUACUGCAAAUGGUACCGCAAAGCUGAAGAAGGCUACAACUACCAAGGAAGAAGUCAAAGGUGAUGAUACGACUGCAAAGAGGCGAUCAGGGCGCCUGUCGAAGUAA